AUGGCUGCUGCAGCUGCGCACGAUACGCCCGAGGAGCCGCAGAGCGAUGGCUCCAAGCUCAAGACCUUUAUCGGUAUCCUGAAGAACGAAGAAAACGUCAUCGGCCUCGCCAUCAAGCAGAACCAGACAGAAGCAGCCUUCCAACAGACGAGCUCCUGGCUAACCGACUGCGUCUUCCGUUCCAGGUUCAUUGGUGUCGCUGACCUCGCCGCCGUGCGCUUCUCUCUGCCAUCACAAUUGCUCGAGCCGACGCCGAACCUCGAAUACUGGAACUACCUCGAUGCCCCCAACGCCUUCGUCGCCAUUGGCACCUCGGACGAGCCUCUUGACCGCAUGCUCGAGGUCUGUCGCUUCUGGUUCACAAAGGAUCUGAAGUACGUCAAGGGCAAGCCGUGCAAGCCAUACAACUCGUGCCUGGGAGAGUUCUUUAGGUGCAAUUGGGAGACCGAGGACAAUGCUCCCAAGAUCAACACCACGGCCCUCAAGGGCGCCGGCAGCGGCACGGCCAGCAGCUCGUCCAGCUUCAAGUCUGCCAAGGGUGACAAGAACGCAUCGGUCGCUUCGUUGUCCGUCCCACAACACGGAACCUCGACCCCCGAUAGCAAGCUCCUCCGCAUCUCGUACCUCACCGAGCAGACCUCCCACCACCCGCCCGUCAGCGCCUUCCAUAUCAGCUGUCCCGAGAAGGGCCUCUCCGCCCGCGGCUUUGACCAGAUCACGGCCAAGUUCACCGGCACUAGCGUCCGCGUCCUGCCCGGCGAGCACAACCUCGGCAUCUUCGUCACGCUCGAGAAGCGCGGUGGCGAGACGUAUCGUCUGACCCACCCCGCCGCUCACCUCGGCGGUAUCCUUAGGGGAAGCCUGAGCGUCAGCGUCAGCGAGAUGGCGUACAUCACUUGUCCGCAGACCAAGCUUAAGACAAUCCUGCACUAUGUCGAAGCUGGCUGGCUCGGCCGCUCCACGAACCGCGUCGAGGGCAUCAUCUUCAAAUACGACCCUGAGAACGACGACAAGGUGAACAUCAAGGACGUGCCCGAGGCCGACAUCGUCGCCCGCCUCAGCGGCCCUUGGCGCGAGAAGAUUGAGUUCACGCUCGGUCCCAAGCCAGUUAACUCGCACCCGCCUGAGGCGCGCUAUACCAUCAUCGACCUCAACCCUCUCAGUGUUGCGCCUAAGGUCCUACCCCCGAAAGAGAAGCAGCUCGAGAACGAGUCCCUGACGAUGUGGGGCGGCGUCACCGAGGCCAUCCACUCGAAGCAGUUCUCCAGGGCUACGCAGGUCAAGGUCGAGCUCGAGGAGCGGCAGCGUGAGCUGGCGCGCGAGCGCGAGCGCACCGGCGAGGUCUUCAAACCAGUCUUUUUCGAGCAGGUGACAGAUCAAGGCGGCAAGCCCGAGCUGACGGAAAAGGGCCGCGAGGUGCUCGCGCGGGCGCAGAAGGCCGACUGGGACAUGAGCGGCAUCGUAUAA